AUUUUUUUUUAGCGGGGUGAAGCCCUCACUGCUCGGCGUUAAAAAUAUUUAUCCAAGUUGAAACAAAUCAUCGACAUUUUACGGAUAAAUAAUCGAUUGACUCUGGAUACUCUGGAUUAUUUUUUUCAUGUAAUCGUUUGGAGACGAUCGACUGUUGAAAACUCAAACGAGAUUUUCCAGAUUUACAAAUCGCUGCACCUGGUGCACCGAUGAUUUGUUUACGGGGACUCGAUUAACGGUGGGACGAGGACUAUUGUUUACUGGGACGUUUGUUAUUAUCGGAUUAAAAUCAACGAGUGAGAUACGAUGGCGACGAUGGCUGAACAGGCGUCGAAACUUCUGGAUUUCAAUCAGAAGCUGGACAUAACACUUUUGGACAGCAUUGUGGGGUGCAUGUACACGGGAAUGGGUGAGCAGCAGAGGGUGGCACAGGAGGUGCUCACCACUCUCAAGGAACAUCCGGAUGCCUGGACUCGAGUCGAUACUAUUUUAGAAUAUUCUCAGAAUCAACAAACAAAAUAUUAUGCACUACAAAUACUGGAACAAGUGAUAAAGACGAGGUGGAAAGUUCUCCCUAGGAAUCAAUGUGAGGGAAUUAAAAAAUACAUCGUAGGCCUCAUUAUCAAGACCAGUAGUGAUCCAGAAACGAUGGAGAAUUCCAAGGUUUAUCUGAAUAAAUUGAACAUGAUUUUAGUACAGGUAUUAAAACGAGAAUGGCCGAAGAAUUGGGAGUCAUUCAUCGGCGACAUCGUGGGGGCGAGUAAAACCAACGAGAGCCUUUGUCAGAAUAACAUGGCCAUCCUGAAGCUCCUCUCGGAGGAGGUCUUCGAUUUCUCCAGUGGGGAUAUGACACAGACCAAGGCCAAGCACCUCAAGGACACAAUGUGCAGUGAAUUCUCCCAGAUAUUUCAAUUAUGUCAAUUUGUCAUGGACAAUUCACCAAAUGUACCACUCGUCGCUGUCACCCUAGAGACAUUACUCAGGUUUUUAAAUUGGAUACCACUGGGGUAUAUUUUUGAGACGGAGUUAAUUACAACGUUAAUAUUCAAGUUCCUGAACGUGCCGAUAUUCAGGAACGUAACCCUGAAGUGUUUAACUGAAAUAGCAGCAGUGACAGUGACGAAUUACGACGACAUGCUUGUCCUACUAUUCGCGAAUACGAUGCAGCAACUGGAGCAGAUGCUCCCACACGACACAAAUAUACGUGAUUCAUACGCAUUUGGCCAGGACGAAGAGCAGAAUUUCAUUCAAAAUCUGGCAAUGUUUCUGUGUACUUACCUGAAAGAGCACGGCAUGCUGGUGGAGAAGAAGAUGAUCGACACCCUCCUCAAGGCCCUCCAUUACCUCGUUCUCAUCUCAGAGGUUGAGGACGUAGAGAUCUUCAAGAUUUGUCUUGAAUUUUGGAACGGUUUGGCAUCAGAUCUGUACAGGGAGCAUCCGUUCAUGUCAUCCUCAUCUCCCCUCUUCAUGGCGAGAAACAACAUAACGCUCCCACCAAGACGAUCAGUCUACUGCCAAGUCCUCACAAAAAUUCGAUACAUCAUGAUCUCGAGAAUGGCAAAGCCAGAGGAGGUGCUCGUUGUUGAGAAUGAGAAUGGUGAGGUUGUGAGGGAAUUUAUGAAGGACACUGACUCGAUCAAUCUCUACAAGAACAUGAGGGAGACACUCGUCUAUCUGACCCAUCUGGAUUACGCCGACACCGAGAAAGUGAUGACAGAGAAAUUGCAGAAUCAGGUGAAUGGAUCGGAAUGGUCCUGGAAAAAUCUCAACACUCUGUGCUGGGCGAUAGGUUCAAUAUCAGGUGCAAUGCACGAGGAGGACGAGAAGCGUUUCCUGGUGACAGUGAUAAAGGAGCUGUUGGGUCUGUGCGAGCAGAAAAAGGGUAAAGACAAUAAAGCGAUAAUAGCCUCAAACAUAAUGUACGUUGUGGGUCAGUAUCCCAGGUUCCUUCGCGCCCACUGGAAAUUCCUGAAGACAGUUGUCAACAAACUCUUUGAAUUCAUGCACGAGACACACGACGGUGUCCAGGACAUGGCGUGCGAUACAUUUAUCAAAAUUGCCAUCAAGUGCAGACGCCACUUUGUACAGACCCAAGUGGGUGAAUCAGUUCCAUUCAUCGAGGAAAUUCUAUCAACAAUCAGCAGCAUAAUUUGUGAUCUGCAGACACAGCAGGUGCACACGUUUUACGAGGCAGUUGGAUACAUGAUAAGUGCCCAGGUCGACGAUUUAACCCAGAAAGACAGAAUUGAGCGUUACAUGUUGCUGCCAAAUCGUGUUUGGGACGAUAUUAUCAGUCAGGCAUCGAAGAAUGUUGAUGUAUUGAAGGAUCAGGAGGCUGUUAAACAGCUUGCUAGCAUUCUCAAGACGAAUAUUAGCGCAUGCAAAGCCCUGGGACAUCCCUAUGUUAUGCAGUUAGGUAGAAUAUAUUUAGACAUGUUGAACGUAUACAAAGUUAUGAGUGAGAACAUUAGUGCUGCUAUUGCUUUGAAUGGUGAGAUUGUUAUGAAUCAGCCAUUGAUAAAGAGCAUGAGGGUGGUGAAGAAGGAGACACUGAAGCUCAUAUCCGACUGGGUCAGCAGAUCCAGUGAUCAUCAAAUGGUACUUGAGAAUUUUAUACCACCACUUCUCGAUGCUGUACUGCUGGAUUAUCAGAAGACAAAUGUACCGUGUGCCAGGGAGCCUGAGGUACUCAGUGCUAUGGCAACAAUUGUCAAUAAACUAGAGGGACACAUCACCAGUGAAGUACCCAAGAUAUUUGAUGCGGUCUUUGAGUGCACACUCGAGAUGAUCAAUAAGGACUUUGAGGAGUUCCCUGAUUACAGGACUAAUUUUUUUCUACUACUCCAGGCUGUCAAUGUCCACUGUUUUCCAGCCUUUCUCUCUAUUCCACCAGCCCAAUUCAAACUUGUUCUUGAUUCUAUAAUCUGGGCAUUUAAACACACUAUGAGAAAUGUUGCUGAUACUGGUCUACAGAUACUUUAUCAAUUGCUCCAGAAUAUUGAGCAGCAUGAGCAAGCUGCGCAGAGCUUUUAUCAGACGUACUUCACCGAUAUUCUUCAGCAUAUAUUCAGUGUUGUUACGGAUACAUCUCACGCUGCUGGCAUCACAAUGCACGCCACUAUUCUUGCGUACAUGUUCACUCUUGUUGAGCUUGGGAGGAUUCUUGUUCCACUCGGCCCAGCACCUGACAACAGAAUUUAUGUACAAGAGUUUAUUGCUAGACUACUCAAGGCUGCAUUCCCACAUCUCACUGAUAAUCAGAUUAAAAUCACGGUUCAGGGGCUUUUCAAUCUCGAUCAGGAUAUUCCGGCGUUCAAGGAGCAUCUCAGGGACUUCCUCGUACAGAUUAGGGAGUAUACUGGUGAGGAUGACUCUGAUCUCUACCUGGACGAACGAGAGACAACACUUCGACUCGCCCAGGAAGAGAAGAGAAGACAACAAAUGGCUGUACCAGGAAUUAUCAAUCCCCACGAAAUGCCUGAGGAGAUGCAGGACUGAAUCAUUCACACAUCCCCUUGUACCUCAAUUCGUCAUCCCCCUCCCAGUUUCCCCUUACCCCAUUUGAUAAUUUCAUGGAGAUCACCAGGAUAAAAAAGAAAACAAUGGGAGGAUAACGUUGAGAGACUUUUCUCGUUUUGCAAUCGUCCUGUUCCCUCGGGUUCACCAGGUAGUGAUUUACUAAUUUGGAAAUUCCAAAUUACUGAAUUUGUUGAGAAUGUGAAAUAGUUAUCUUCAUUGUCCCCAGGAGGUAAGCACGAACUGAAAAUGUUUUCCCCUCGGCUUGUCGAUUAUUUUCUUUCAUAUUUUUUCACUGGUUUUUUUUUCCCCUCGAUUUUGUUUUUUACUGAUUAAAAAGAACUGCUUUUGAUUUGGAGAGUAAUGCUGUUGUGAGUGGGUGAAUAUAAUGAUUAUUGUGAGUCGUGAUGACUAUAUUUCUGUGAGAAAAUUAGUCUGUGUGGAUAUGAGAUAUGGAUUCGAGGGAAUAACGGUCUACUGCCAGAACGAGAGUAAUUUUUUUUUUUCGUUGUUGAAGUGGAGAAUUAAUUAGAAAUAGUGUGAGGCAGAAUUUUUGUACUUUGUAAGAUUGGUAGAGAUGGAGGUGAAUAAUUAUUGUAAUGAUUGUCCCAGUAAUGAGAUUGAGGAGAUCAAGUUGAUUUUUCCUUUGGAAGAUUAAAUGGUUUUUCUCAUUGCACGAUAUCAUUGACUUCAGUCAUUUUAUUAUCUCGGGGUUGGGGUGAUUUUUUCAAUCGAGAAUAAAAUUACACGGGAAUGUCCUUUUCCUGUUCCACACUCAUUGCGUUCAUCUCCAUCGAUUAAUUAAAUUUCCCUUCAAUGAAUUAAAAAGAAAACAUUCGAGCUUGCCUCUUUCAACGAAAACCCCAAAUGUGUAAAUUAUUCCCUACGCAUUUAUAAACUAGACGUCAUUUUCCCUUCAUUUUAUUUCAUUAAAUGGAUGAUUAAAUUUUAACCACGUAUUUCGUAUAUUUUAGUGCCUAAACUGGAGUAACAUUUUUUUUUUGUCAAUUUAAUAGAAAAUUCUUCACAGUUCGAUACAAAAACCCAUGGUGAAGUGGAAAAAAAAUAACAAUACGACUGAUAAAAUCCAGUUAGUAUUAUUUUUUAGGAGGCAUUGGUGUUAAUUAGGGGCGAGUGAACAUCUGUGUGGAUUGAGGAACGCUCUGAGUAUUCUUUACCUUGAGGAUGAACCAUCGAGUAGAUUUUUUAAGAUUAGAAGGGGUAAAACUUGAGGAAUGAAUAGUUGAUGGGGCAAAACUGUGACGAUCGUGUGAAAUCAGUUAGUGUUUUGAUGGGACUAUACAUAUAUUAAUUAAUCAUUAGUAUGUCAAUGUCAUGAGAGAACGAGUGAGUGAGUACGAGUUUUGAUGCAAAAGUUCUAUCAGUUUAUCCAUUAUAACGAGAAAUGAGUAAGAAGUAUGUAAAGAGUUUAAUAUUACUUACGAAUAAAAAUAAAGAAUUCAUA